GCUGCUGCUGCUGCUGGUGGUUGUGCUGAAUGUGCGGCUGGCUCGGCUGCAUGUGACACAGCCGGGGCGAACAUGGCGCUGGGACGGGGAGGUGAUGCUGGACUGUGGCGGCUAACCUCGGCGUUUUAAUCCCGUGUCCGCGCGGCGCUGCUAGUGUGGGGGAUUCUCGGCGCUUUUAUUCAGGAGAGAUAGGGGCGGAUGGCGUCGUUUUGGACGGUAUAGAAAUGAUAGACGACAGCGCGGUUGUGGCUGUUAGCUAUGUUAGUUAGCUUAGCUUAGCUGUGUAGCUAGGUUAUCAAUCUACCUGCCGGUAGCUAGCUCAGCUAGGCUGGUCAACAUCGGCGGACUGUUGAUGCCUAGCAUGCUAGCUAGCUAGGUUGAAUAGCUAGAUGUUUUGGGGUUUGAUACCGUCUGUUAAAUGUUGGUAGGGGCUGUGUGUCAGUAGAACAGCAGAAUUAGGUAGUUAUAUCAACCAAAUGACUCUUUUAACCCGUUUCCUUUGACAGUAGUGAUUAGUAGUAGCUAGGUUAGAGGUGACUAGCGGGGUUAGCUAGCUAGUUAGCUGUUUAGCUAACGUUAGCUAGCUUAGCUAGUCAGUGGAGCUGAUAGGAUGGACCCGCUUGGGGUGUGUGUGUUGACACUGGGAGCGGGGAUCCUGCAGUAUGUGGAGCUUUCUGAAGGAGCACCUAUUUUCCACCUAGAAACAGCAGGGGAAGCUGCAGGUGAGGUGCAUGUGUCUCUGAACCUCCUGGUGGUGCUGUCUCUGUCUGUGCUGGUGGCCAUAGUGGUGGUGCUGUUCAACUGUGCGACCUGCUGCAAAGAACGAGAGAUCAACUUUAAGGAGUUUGAAGACAAUUUUGAGGAUGAGAUUGACUUCACCCCACCAGCGGAGGACACCCCCUCCAUGCAGUCCCCGGCUGAGGUUUACACCCUGGCUGUUCCCACUGUGCCUCUGCCUGGACCUCCACACCUCCAGCUGUCCCGGAUAGCAGACGUCUCGACAGGCCCACAUGUGGCCCGCCACACACUCAGUUACCUUCAGGAGAUUGGGAGCGGCUGGUUUGGCAAGGUUUUGCUGAGUGAGAUCUACGCAGAUCCUGGUGCAGCCAGAGUGGUGGUCAAAGAGCUGAAGGCCAAUGCCAGCUCCAAAGAGCAGAAUGACUUCCUUCAGCAGGGAGACCCAUACAGGGUUCUUCAGCACCCGAAUAUACUGCAGUGUCUUGGUCAGUGUGUGGAGGCCAUUCCUUUCCUGCUUGUUUUCGAGUACUGUGAACUGGGUGACCUGAGGAGCUACGUAGCUCAGCAUGACUGGCUGUACAGGAACGGAGAGCUGCUGCAGCUGCAGAAGAUAGCAUGUGAGAUAGCUGCAGGGGUUACUCACCUCCAUAAGCACAACUUCCUGCACAGUGACUUGGCAUUGAGGAACUGUUACCUUACAACAGAUCUGACUGUCAAAAUAGGAGACUAUAGCAUUGGCCCCUCCAGAUUUAAAGAGGAUUACAUCACCACAGAGGAGGACCAGUGUGUAGCUUUGCGCUGGCUUGCCCCGGAGCUGGUUGGUGAGCUGCAUGGAGGUGUCAUAACUUCAGAACAAACUAAACCCAGCAAUGUUUGGGCAUUGGGCGUGACCUUGUGGGAGUUAUUUGAGCGAGGAAAUCAACCGUACACUCACCUGUCCGAUAGAGAGGUUCUCCACCAUGUAAUUAGAGACCAGCAGAUCAAACUCCUCAAGCCUCAGCUGGAUCUACCCUACUCAGAAAGAUGGUAUGAAGUCCUUCAGUUUUGUUGGCUGCCAGCAGACAAGAGAGCCACAGCUGAGGAAGUUCAUCGCCUGCUUACGUACCUCCGCAUGCAGGGCCAGAAAGAAGUCGAGGAUGACUUUGAGCAGCGUUGGAGCUCCCUCAAACCCAACCCCACCACUCGGCAGGCCACUGUCAGCCAUUCCUCGUUCCCCAUCCUGGAGCAGUUCGACGACGGACGUGAACCGGAUGAGAUGCUCACGGUGACCGAGACGAGUCGCGGACUCAGCUUUGAAUAUGUGUGGGAAGCAGCCAAGCAUGACCACUACGAUGGGCACAAUCGCUCUAACAUGGACACCACGCUGAACUACCACAGCAUGUUCUUUCCGGUGCCUCGGCAGGACAUUCAGGCACACUUCCCUGAAACUGGGGCUGAAGCUGAGGCUAAGAGAGUCCCCGGGACUGUGCCAGUGUUUGAUGCACGAGGAUCUACUUCGAGGAACGAGUACUACAUCCAGUUAGAGGAGCAAAGUGAAAGUGACGUGGGAGUUCUAGACAGCCAAGGUGCUGAAGGAGCCACGGCAUCGAACAAGGAGCAGUAUGUCGUCUUGCAGGACAUUCGAUUGGAUGAAUCCAGCACGGACGCAGAUUUCUUUCACCAGAGCAUAGAUUCAAAAGACUCCUACCUUCAGGACAGCCAUAUAUGGUCUUCGAGUGACCAUGACAGUCCUUACCAUGCAAACAUUUUCAGUGAAAGCGACUCAAAACUGGAGGACUCUCAUUCUUUUCGGAGUGGCUUCAUGGAGCUUCCCGAGAUCAGCUUGCAUGGCGACCCAAAGGGUGCAGUGGAACGUGAAGGCCUCAGCACCACUUUUUUAGGGCCUGAACAAGAACCCAUUCUUCUGGGAGACUUUGAGGAAGAGAAUCCAGAUGUAAUGAAGCUUCUGAACGUGGAGAAACUGGCUGAUAACUUUUUGUUUCUCAAAGAAAACAACCUGCUGAAAGAGAGUCCAAGACCAGGUUUGCCAGAGGCUGAAAGGGAGUUUGCAAUCCGACACACUGAUGUAGCAAAAGUAGUAAACCCCUUCAGUGACGUUGAUGCCUCGAGUAGAUUGAACGUCACUGACGACCUCUCGACCACCUCGAAACCUGGGGUGAACUCUGCUCAGCUAAGAGAUGAAUUCUUGGACUUGGUGAGUCCAAUUUUAGGAGAUUUCUUAUCGCCUUUAAAAGGAAGUGAAACACUGCUGCCUUCGGAUAUAUUCUUAACAGAAGAAACCUGUAGCAACCAGCUGCCAGACAUGAAUGGCUCUUCCAGUGAGAAAAGUUCUCAGUUAGCUCAGUUAGAUUCCUCAAAAAGUUGGAUUUACUCGACCUCUGAGUCGACUACCUCUGAGAGCGCUGGAGGCGCCAUUGCAAUUCCAGUGGAUAGUCAAGAGUUAGUUGUUGAAAGUGCCACAACAGACAUUCUGUGCAUAGAUGCCAAAACUCCCAGCCUUGAAGAAGGUCUCAGUAGACUCUCUAAGGAGAAUGGACAAUACAUAGAGAUUGAUGAGCCUUCUGAGCAGAAACUUCAGGCUUCUUCACCUGUAGAUAAAUCAACAGAAGCAGAUAGCGGCCUAACUGAGGGUAUAAGCACUGAUUCCUUGAGCGAAAUGCUUUUGGAUGGAAGUCAGAGUAGAAAAACUGAAGAUGCUCAGUUUCCAGAAGACGAAGACAUGGAUCAGAAAGAAUCCGUAUUAUCUCAGGACGUGUCUUCACUUUUGAUCUCAGACUCUUGCUUGGAUCAGAUUAGUCAGGAUAGCCUUCUGGAGGACAGCAUAUCGUCCACGUUACCAACUGUCGAGAACUCAGCUGAGACUCCUGAUUCGUUAGAUUCUCUAGACAUUCAUCGAGAUGUCGGACAAGUAGAGUCUCUAGACACCCCUGUGGUUCAUAAGCUCCAGCCACCUUACAAAACUGCUGACAGUGGAUACGAAACUGAGAACCUGGAGUCGCCUGAGUGGAAUUCUCAGUUAAGUAUAAAGGAUGGCACUGAAGAGAAGGAAAGCAGGACUGCAGUAACUGAACCUGCUGUAUCAAACUUGGCUCCUCCAGAGAUUGUUGUAUCUGAAGUGGACAGUGUACCUGAUGUUCAGGAAAAUGGAGAUGGCCACCAAGACAUUGGUGAUGCACAAAUUGGGGGAAACUACAGAGAUUCAGCUUACUUCUCUGAUAAUGAAGAACAGGAUAAGAAGAGUGACAGUGGGGAAAUCAAUGGUGGGACUUCUGCUGAUGCUUCUUCUUGGCCUGUGAGCUCCGUGGUAGAUGAUGGAAAUGGCUCAGCAGUAGGGGGUUCUCCUGGGGAUUCUCCGUUAUUUCCUCUUGAAGUGAAAGAGAAGCCAGAAGAUUCCAAAUCUGCUGGUGUUCAACAGGACCGUUCUAGUCCAGAAACUGAAUCAUCAGAUGCUGAUGUAACUUACCUGCCUGAGUUAGUCCUCACCACAGAGGAGGACUGGGAUCAAGAAAAGCCAGUCUCUGUUGAUUUUGGCAAGAAUGAAGAAAGGUUGGAGUCGUUUUCUGAUCUCUUAGAAGGUCAAAGUCAUUCCAGGGUGAUCUCGGAAGCCCCCGAAGCAACACCCCCUACCUCAACAAAGCCUUCGACAGAAAACGUGGUCCACGCAAAGCUUGUAAGGACCUACGCUGGGGAAGGCCCAAAGAAGAAGGAGCCUGAUAUGGAGGGCAGAUACCUUGGGAAGCUGGAUGGAGCGACGGUGGCUGGCGGGUCAGAAGAUGGAAUGGACGCCGACGAGGAGGAUGAGAACAGCGACGACUCUGAUGAUGACGUGCGAGCUUACAGACUGCACAGCUCCGGAUCUGAAAGUGAGGACGAUGUCGUUCAUCCGGUGCCUGUUAUAGUGUCGGACAACAGCGACGCCAGCAACUUGAAAAGCCUGCUUAAGCCCAAGUCACUCCAGACCUCCAAACCCACAGCAGCAGGGAACAGUAAUGGAGAGAACAGGAGGGCAGUGUCGUUCUUUGAUGAUGUGACUGUUUUCCUCUUUGACCAGGAAACUCCUACGAAAGAACUUGGAGAUCAUACGCUAGGCUCUAACAGCCAAGUGUCUGAGUUCAGCAGCCCGCCAUCCUCCUCCAGCUACCUUAACAGGUUUACAAACUCGGAGAGCUCCACAGAUGAAGAAGGUGGUGCGUUCGAGUGGGACGAUGACUUCUCAGCAGAGCCGUCUUUCCUUUCUAAACCAGGGCCGGACAGCUCUGCCAGCAGCAGAGCCACAGCAGCAUCCAGGUUCUUCUCUCCACCCCCUGCUAAUCGCUCCUCAGAACAGAGCUGGACCAGCCCCUCCACCUACUCCCGCUUCUCCAUCUCGCCAGCAAGCAUCGCCAGCUUCUCCCUCACCCACCUCACAGACUCCGAUAUCGAACAAGGAGGAAGCAGUGAAGAUGGAGAGAAGGACUAAGAACUGAAAGGUUGUCUUAACUAAAGUGUUCAGGCUAAAGGACAAAUUUUGUAAAGAUUUUGUUGGAGAGACACUUCAGACUCCUGUUUUGAAGGCUACGGUUGCUUCUCAGGCAGCAUCGCUAUCUCUUUCUUUUUGGAGAUGUUCGCGGCGAGGACGGCACAGAGUGAACCACUGGCAUCAGCAUCCUCUCCUUGUGUUCUCUUCCUUCACUUUAUUCAGCGAAAUUAACCACGGUAGUGUCCUCAGAACCAUCUCCGAUCUCCACAGACUGAACUCGCAGUGUUUUUUUUUCUUUUUUUCUCUCUCUUAUCUGUGCUAUUUGAAGGAACCUGUCUUGCUUCACAAGCUUUAGGUCUUUAAAGCGCUUCCUAAGUGUCCUGCUACUCAUCUGUCUGUCUGUCUUUCUGUCUCUCUCUCUCUACAUGCUGAGGAAUUUCUUGUCUCUUGCGUUGGCGCUGUUAUCUCUGGAUGGCUGAGCUUCUUCACUCACCCUCGGCUCAGUCUGAGGACGUUUCCUAGAACACUGAUCAGCCAACAGGCUCAUAUACAGUCGUGCAAUUGGUAUCGUACGGUACUCGCCUUUUACUUUAAAACACUGGAUUAUACUUCCAGAGCGUGAGAUCUGGUGUGAUGUUCUUCUUUGUUGUUAGGGACUAGUUUAGAAAUAGGAGCAACACUCGUUUUGUCAUUAUGCCUCUAAAGGCGAAAGGUGGUUUUUGCACACAGUGUUUUGGCAAUACACUCUUUAUAGACUGGUACAGUUAUAAUAGCAAAGUACAGUUUAUUGUACCUGAAUUAAACACCACUUGAUGUUCAUUUAUAGGUGAUGGGCAUAUAAAGAUAUGUGUAUAUGGCUGUAUGCAAAUGUUUGGAUGCCUCCGCUCAAAUUACAUACAUUAUUGAUAAAUUCAAUAUCAGUUAAAACCUUAAAAUUCCAAUUUCCAUUAACAGAGCAAGAAAGUAUAGUAUAUGGAUUGUAUCUUGAUUAGAUUUUAACCAAAUGCAUUUACACUUGCUGGUCAAAUGUGUCUCCAAAUGCGUUAGUCAGAUUUAAAUCUGAUUACUGUGUGGGAUGGAAUCUCCAAAUUCACUUCACGUCACAUUUUGAUUGUACUGGAAAGAGUUUUGGUUGUUGAAUCCGUCUUGAAGAGACGAGAUGAGAUGUUAUGAGAGCUACGUUCACACAGCAGGUAAUGUGUAGUAUUGAAAUCUGAUAAAUAUCCAAUUCCAGGCAAUGCGACUCUGAACUGAACUUUUUUUCAUGUGAAACAUAAGGAAAAAGACAGCAAGGAGAACAGAAAGUGAUUGUGAGUAGACAGGAAAAUGGACAGCAGCAGUAAUUUGAUGACUUAAGUGGCAGAAAAACAAGAUAAAAGACUUUAAAUAUAAAUAUUUGGACUAUUUGGAUAUGUUUCUUCCAAUAUUAUUAGAAGGCUCGUCUUAAAGCCAUGUGGUGUUCCUAAUGAAUUUGCCAAAAGUGCCAACACAUUGCAGCUGCAGCAUCAAAGAAAUAAAAAGAUAACCUGUCCUCUUUAUCGAUCUGAAGCAAAUUCUUAGCAAUAAACUUAGCUGCAGUCUAAAAUCAUUCAUAGCUUUUAAGAUUCUGACCAGGAUUAAAGUGAAACUUAACGUAAAGCGUUGCUCUAUUGCGCAGGCAUCACACAAUGUACAGACAGAUAUCUGAUAUGGGUCACGCUAAAAAGAUUGUGUGAACAGCCUAAACUUAAUAUAGGAUUUCGAUUCUGACCAGGAUUAAAGUGAAACUUAAGGUGAAGCGUUGCUCUGUUGUGCAGGCGUGUCACUUGCACAGUGCAAAGCGUUCAGACAUAUGUCCGAUAUGGGUCACGCUGAAAAGAUUGUGUGAACAGCCUAAACUUAAUAUAGGAUUUCGAUUCUGACCAGGAUUAAAGUGAAACUUUAGUGUUGCUCUAUUGCGCAGGCGUCACACAGUGUACAGACAGAUAUCCGAUAUAGGUCACGCUAAAAAGAUUGUGUGAACAACCUAAACUAAGCAUUUUGCCAGAAAAUCAGAUUUGGGCCACUUCUCCUCUGCUGUGUGAAUGUAGCCUCAAUCUGCUAUAAUGUGUGUCUCAAAUGUGUCUCAGACCACCUUCUGAAGCAAUUUAUACAUUUGUUUGAGCAAAUGAUUUGUAUUUGUUUCAGUUCUAAAUCAGUUCUAAAGGUGUCUCUGGUGUGUUUCCACUAAUCGUGGGUCAGCAUCUUGGUUGUGCAGUAUUUAGGUCUGUUUUGGCCAUUACCCUUUAUUGUUUUGGAGGAAUGCAACUUCAAACUUCAAGACUGUAAGAUUUUAACACUCACAGCUAGGGUGGCAUGAAGUCACAAGCAUUCUAGAGCUGUUUUGUGGAUGGAGAGAUUGUUAGACAUAUCUCAGAAUAUCUGGAUGCAUUUGGAAGGUGCCAGAAACAUAUAUACAGUAUUUAUAGAUGAGAAUAAUAACAAUAGUUAAUUUGUUUGUUUGCUCUGCAGGAGGUAGAAAAUGUAUUCAUGAAAUAUGUCAUUUGGACGGGAGUGGCCAAACUUUUGCAUAGUGUAUACGCAUAGAUAUUUUUAAUCAGCCACAACAUUAAGACCACCUCUUUGUUUUUAGCUCCUCUGAGCAUGUAGUAGUACUCGGUAGUUCUACUGUAUAUAAUUACACACUAUAGUAAUGUAGUAUCUGUUUCUCUGCAUAUUUUAUUAGCUUCAUUUCACCCUGUUCCUCAAUGAUCAGGACCUCACAGGAGAGACCACCACAGAGCAGCUAUUAUUAUUUAUUAUAAUUUGGGUAGUAAGUGAUUCUUCUCAGCACUGCAGUGAUUUUUUUUUAUUUUUAUUUUUGUAUUUGCCCCAACACACCAGGAGGAGGGUGAAGACUAGCACAUGCCUCCUCUGAUACAUGUGAAGUCAGCCACCGCCUCUUUUCAACUGAUGCUGUUGAUGCAGCAUUGCUGAGUAGCAUCACAGCGCAUUUUGAGGAAAGCACAGCGACUCGGUUCUGAUACAUCAGCUCACAGACGCAGCCUCUUGCUGAUUGAGUGAUGCGGGAAGAGAGCGCCAUCUACCCACCCAGAGAGAGCAAAGCCAAUUGUGCUCUCUCAGGGCUCCGGCAGCUGAUGGCAAGCUGCGUGACCGGGAUUCGAACCAGUGAUCUUCCGAUCAUAGUGCAGAGAAACGGAUAAAGAUCUAUAGUAUUGUAAAAUAGACUGUGGAGCUAAUAAGAUGGAAAGAUGGAAAGAAAGUGUAGAAACAAGGAGGUGGUGUUAAUGAUAUGGAUAUGUGUGUGUGUGUGUGUGUGUGUGUGCGCGCACAUGCUUGUUGUGGGGAAAAAAAAAAUCAUCACAGUGCCUGUAACAUCCCAUAUCCAUUCACACGAAGUGAAGAAAGACUUUUUUUUUUUUUUGGUGGCAUUCAUGUUUUAUCUUACUUUAUAUAGUAUAUCACACUUUUACCACUAUAUAGAAUUUAUUAUUCUGUUGCACAUUUACCAAAUUAUAAAUUAUAAUUUAUAACAUGAUUUUUGGAGUUAAAAUAGUUAAAAAUGACAAAAAAAAAAAAAUCUGUGCACACAUUUUGCAAACCACGCAUAUAUAUUUGGACCACUUUAUCAUUCUAUGAUAUUUUAUUAUAUAUAUAUAUAUAUUUUUUUUUCCUUUUCUCUUGCAAAUUAACCAAACUUUGUAAGGUUGUGGUAAUUCAUUGAGCAGCUGAUUUAUUAUUUAUUGCUUUUUUUUUUUUGUUUUCUUGAGCUGUUUCUUUUACAUAUCCUAUCAUGGUUUAUCAUGUUAUGUAUCAUGUUGUUGAUGUUGUCUGGAUGUUCAUCCAUAUCGCCUUCACACACACAGAGAGUAGAGUGUAGAUAAAAUGUGCUUCAGUUUAAGCAUAUCGAUGGUGUGCUGGACUAAACCUCUGCAGGACUUUAGGGAUACUUUACUUGCUGGUGGAAACUGGGUGUUUAUAGCCUGUUGGAUGGGGAAAGUCAAUGGUAUUAAUGGUAUUGUACUGGUUUCAGAACUGCGUUCACUCUAAAUAACUUAUAAAGCUUAUAAACAGACACUACAGUUUCAGAUCAGGAUGUUCAUAAAGGUUUGGAGAGCUAAAGAGACAGCUGAAAUAAGGAAUUUCCAUUUUUGUUUAUGAAAAAAAUGAAAUGUAAUGUUUGGAAAUGUAUGGAAUGUUGUUUAUGGACAUAUCUUUGGAAUCGACUGAGUAAGAGACUAAGCUAAAGAACGGACAGGACAAGCUUUUUGUCUUAAAAUCUGAUUUUCAGCCAUGUUUGUGUAGCUUAUCCAGAGUCUUAAUUGAAGAAACGACGAGUUUGGGAUUGACCUCCUCCGGACGAGAUGAGCAGUAAUCAGGUGCGUUAGGUGAUGGUGGUGAUGAUGAUGAUUAUCUGUGUAAUUCAUUACAGUAAGCUGUGUUUUAGGACAGUGGAAUAUUUGUAUUACCAGCACUCUUUUAGUUGAUCUUGGAAUUUUAUUUAAGGAAACUCUUUGGGUUUUAUUCUACAGUAUAUACAUUUGCUUAAUCUUGCACAUCUCGAGAAAGUGUAACUUAAUGUGGAACUGUACGGAUGAUGUAUAUAAAUGUUGAAUUUUGUCUGUAAAUUGGGCAUGAUGUAAGUUCUAGGGGUAAGGUAUCAUUUUGUAAUUUAAAGCUCAUGCGCGACAUAUCACGGUUUAAGCAAACGAAAAAAAAAAGAUCAAAACUGAGGAAAAAAAAGAUUUGAAGUAAAGCGGGGGAGAAAAUGCAGGUCAUGUCUUUAGAACUUGUAAAUUUUAAAAAUGGUGAUAUUUUUACUUCAUAUUGAUGAUCAUGCUUAGUGUAAUUGAAGAAAUUGUUUAUAAAUAAUUACACUGUUUAUUAUUGAAAUAAAUGAAAAUGACCUCUG